AUGUCGAAUACGCCCCAGAAUAUAUAUGGUAUCAAUAAUUCAGCAGACGCUUACUAUGGGACACUUUUCUCGCACUUGUCUUAUGGAAUGGGUGAGGGCAAUGGAGUAAACUCAGCUACAACCCCAAAUGCAGAAAAUGCAGCUGCGGCUGCUGCCGCUGCAGCCUUGGCAGCAGUGGCUUCUGGAAGAAACGAUUGGUCUAAUACUGAUGGUUAUAACGCUGUUUCGAACAUGAUGAAUAAUAUGCGUACACAUCCAUCAAUGACAGCUUGUUCAAAUUCUGGGGAUUUAUCCGAGUCUUGUAAUAUUCCAUCCAGUUCUUUAUCAUCACCUUAUGCUGCGACUUUGCUGGCUGCAGUUGCUGCAGCAGCAGCUGCAGCUUAUCCACUUCCUCAGGGUGCCGCAAAUGCCGUUUCUGGCCAAACAGGUCGGUCUUUCUUGCCCAAUCCCUCAAUGAAUAAUAGAGCAGCUGAUUUCACAACCAUGUACUUUGGUUCUUCCACAAGACCAUCUGUUACUAAUGCUAACCAACUUAAUGGGCUUCUUGGUAACCUACCUAAUUGGCCUUUCACUGUUCCUCCAACUCACUAUCCAAACUCUUCAUUUAUAGACAGACCUACUGGUGCAGUCGUUCCUUUUGAGGGCUGGGCUUCUUCAAAUGGUCAACAAUUAACGUUGUCGCCUUGUGGUGAAAAUGAUACAAUCAAUCACUUUGGUCAAGGUCCAUCCGAAGCAAAUAUGCCAUCUAAAGACCCACAUACAUAUUAUACAUCGUCGAAUAUAGGAGAUGCUGUUUUCGCACCACCUGCAUCCUAUUCUCAGCAGCAACAGCAAUGUACUACUGAAGACCCUGGUGUUUCAUUCAUCUACCAUCAUCCGAAUUCAAAAGCUGCCUAUCCGUUUUCAUCUCAAGGACCUCAGUCACAUCUUGUAAAUGGAUUGCCUGGUAGUGCUGCUAAUAUGUUGGAUCCCUAUGCUUCAGUAAAUCAGUGCCAAACAAUCUCACAACAUCUGAUCGAUGAAUUCGGUCGACUAAAUGUUGGAUGUGGUGUCGAAACAGCAACUUGUAGUGAUAAUGGACUAAAUCAGUUGCAUGUCCCGUUUUAUGAAACCUCAGUUGUUGGAAAUGGAAGUAAUGUUCAGUUACAUAAUACUUCAGUGACACAAUGGUCUCAUAUGAAAGAAAAUAACGGAAUUAGUAAUAGCAUGUGUUCUAUGGAUAAGUCCGAUAAUAUAUCCAGAUCACAAUCCAAUCCAAGUAGUUAUCCAGCAAGCAGAUUAUCUACUUCAGCGAGUAACAGACCUGCAACAUCAGUUAUUGCUACAUCUGUCAAUAAUUCACCACGUACUAAAACUUGGGCUAAUAUAGCAGGACAACCACCCAAAGGGUCAGCUGCAGUUAUUCAAAACUCUGUAGGAUGGUCAGCGAAAAGAUCUCAUCCUCACAAUCCAACAGCUGUAAACAGGUCUUUCCAAACUUCUACUGGGAACUAUUCAGUUGGUAGGGCUAAUUCUUUGAUGGCAAAUGCUUCGUGUAAUAAUGGGCAUUUAACACAACAAGACAGAGUUAAUACUGCGGACCAGUCAGGAAAUGUUCGUUCUUUAGCGGAAUCUAAUUCUGAGUUAAAGAGUACUUCAAAUAACGGUAACCAUUCUGCAGAUAAUUCAACAUCCCUACUUACUUCAGAUGGAUCUGCACAAGCUUUUCAACGUGAGUCGGAAGCGCUGCACCAACGUUUGGCUAAGGUAAUUAACCCCAAUGAUUUCGACACACACAUAGAAAAGGCCAGAUUCUUUGUAAUCAAGUCGUUUUCUGAAGAUGAUAUUCAUCGUUCUAUAAAGUAUUCUAUCUGGUGUUCAACAGAACUAGGCAACAAGAAGCUUGACACAGCGUUUGCGGAGGCCAAUCAUGCCUAUCCAAUAUAUUUAUUUUUUUCAGUCAAUGGAUCUGGACAUUUUUGUGGGAUGGCUGAAAUGGUUUCUCGUGUUGACUAUAAUGCUAGAGCUAGUGUUUGGGCUCAAGAUAAAUGGCAAGGUAAAUUUUCGGUUCGAUGGAUAUUUGUAAAAGAUGUUCCUAAUACGGCAUUGAGACAUAUUCGAAUUGAGACAAAUGAUAAUAAACCAGUAACUCACUCUCGUGACACUACAGAACUUCCCUUAGAACGAGGUAAACAAGUAAUGGAAGUACUUGCCACAUAUUCACAUACAUUGUCUAUUUUCGACGAUUUCUUUUAUUAUGAUCAACGAGAAAGACAAGAGGGAUUUCGUCGUAAAGAAUUCAAUACGCGAAGAGGUUGA